AUGAUUCAAUGUAUAUUAAUUUUAUUUCACUUAGUAACCAUAUUCUAUUAUGUAACCUGUAAUAUCCCAUAUUCUAAUCAAUUAUCUAUGAAACCAUCUAAUCGUAAUAUAAAUUCAUUAUAUAAACAAACUAAUCAAAAUAUUGAAAGUAUAUCUAUGAUUAAUCAACCAAAUAGACCAUAUAUAAAAACUUAUGAUCCAGAUCAUAAUGAUCCAAAUUAUUUACCACCACCACCACCACCACAAUCACCAACACCAACACCAACAACAACAAUAAUGCAAAAUUUAAUCAAUAAUACAGAACUAAUCAAUCAAAAUAAAGAAAAUCAAUUUAAAGAAGAAAUUUAUACAAAAACAUCUAUGAGAGAUCGUAUAGUAAAUUUAAUUAUGUCAAAAUAUCGAAGUUAUGAACGUCCACCAGAUGGUGGUAAUGCAACUAUAGUAACAGUUAAUAUGAAAGUAUUAGCUAUAUUUUCAAUUGAUGUACGUACAAUGGAUUAUUAUAUUGAUUUAUUAUUAAGACAAGUAUGGCGUGAUCGUCGUUUAUCAUGGUAUGAUAUACCAGAAUUUUCAAAAUUUAAUGAACCAUUAGUAUCACCUAAAUUAAAAGAACAAUUAUGGUUACCAGAUUUAUUUUUCGUAAUGGUAAAGAUGGUUAUUUACAUAAAUUAA